UUAGUGACUCUGCGGUAAAGGCACGCUAGCUGACAGCAGCACUAGCCGCAGUUUCCCAGUUGGAGAGUUGAGAUAGUUCGCUGAGCGAAAGAGCCAAGCGGUGGAUAUUCUGCAGGCGUCGGACGCAGAAUUUCCAUCAGCCGUAUAGGUGUUUCCUAUAUAUACAACACGUCACCAAAGUCUGUAUACCUAUAUAGGCAGUGGCUUCUGGCUUGGCUGGGCUAGGUGUGAGAAUUGUGCAUCAGCAUCACAGUCACAACAACAUACGCAGCACGGUCAUCUGAACCAGCCGUGCGCGCAGGUUCAUCGAACGCGGACCGACGUAGGUGUAUACAUAUAUAAGCACUCCUCUGGAGCAGCAGCCGAGCCGAGUGACCGCGGAGAACAACACACAGGCUGUGCUGAAGAGAGUGUGUGUGCGUGUGUGAGAGAGAGAGAGAGAGAGAGAGAUAUGUCUGAUUAUUGGGGGUAGAGCAACGUAAUUAAGGGCUGAUUAAGCGAGCGGAGCCUGGUCUGGAAGUGUAGGCUCAGUGAUAUGCGGUGCGGAGCGAGGGGAUCACCUGUGGACACCACCAGAGGCAUGGACCUGUGCUGCACCUAACCUCCAAGCUGCUGCGACGAUCUUGACGAGCCGCCUUCCAAGAAUCCCUCUUUUUCUCGAUCCCCUCUGCAGCAGGACAGACCACGAAUCCAGAGUCAAUGAUACCGAACGGAGUUGCGAGUGAUAAAAAGGAGAAAUGCCCUCCGCCAAGGACCUCCUCGCUGACGACGGGCUCCUCCUGCUCGCCUCUCAUGAAGUUCUCCUCGUACGUGCUGGCGAUCAGGCCGUGGUCGCUGAGCGCCUCGCUGAUACCGACGUUCCUCGGCUCGGCGUUGGCCUACAAGCUGCCCGGAGCCAGCACGGGCUUUAGCCCCAUCACCCUGGUCUUGACUCUCAUCACGGUCGCCUGCGUUCACGGCGCCGGCAACGUCGUCAAUACCUACUUCGACUACAUCAAGGGAGUCGACAGUCGCAAGAGCGACGACCGGAUCCUGGUGGAUCAGCUGCUCUCCCAGGACGAGCUGGUAUCCCUGGGAGCCUGGCUCUACGCCGCGGGAUGUCUGGCCUUCGUUCUUCUGGCUACCAUGUCCCCGGCCAAAAUGGAGCACCUUGCUCUCGUCUACUUUGGCGGGCUCUCCUCGUCGUUCCUCUACACCGGCGGCAUAGGACUCAAGUACAUAGCUCUCGGCGACGUUUUGAUACUUAUCAUUUUUGGACCGAUAUCCGUGCUGUUCGCCUUCAUGGCGCAGACCGGCUACAUUGAGUGGAACACUAUGUAUUAUGCGAUUCCGCUGGCUCUCAGCACCGAGGCUAUACUGCACAGCAACAAUACCAGGGACCUCGAGAGUGACAAGCAGGCGGGCAUUGUCACACUUGCAAUCCUAAUUGGCUACACGGCGUCACAUGUUUUAUACGCGUUUUUACUUUUCGCACCGUACGUCACCUUCGUCGUUCUCGCCUGCAGAUACUCGUUCUGCUUUCUGCUGCCAGUGGUGACGUUACCUCAGGCAUUUCAGAUAGAGAAGAGCUUUAGGAAUCCCAGGACGAUACAAGAUGUUCCCAAGGAAACAGCCAGUCUGAAUCUCUACUUGGGUGGCUUGUACAUUAUUGCCUGUUUGCUAAUCGAUCGACUUCCAUACCUGCAGUCUGUUUAAACAGUUUACACAAGAGAGCAAGAUGAGAGGGAAUCUUUUGUCAGCGGCACAACUUCAGUGCUUAAGAUUGCUUUUCUGCUGCAACUAGAGCAGCUGCAGAGAAUUGCAUUGAAAAAUGAUUUUGAGCAUCAUCAACCUGUACUGUACUUCAUCCUCAUGAGAAACACAUUUCCGAAAAAGCAUCAACAACUUUAUCGAAUAAAUAAAUAAAUAUAUAUAUAUAUAUAUAUAUAUAUAUAUAUAUAUACUUAUAUAUCUGAGCACUCAAGACUGGAGUUUGAGGUGUAAUUUUUGUAUAGUAAGAGUAAUCAACGAUUUAUAUUACUUUUGUUCAAAGUAUACGUUGUUUGCUAGAUCCAAUUCUGAAAGCUGUUUCUGGAGCUUAAUUGGAGCUAGAAAACGCUGCAGAGCCAAUGUCACCAGCUGUAUAUUACAGUUUUUACUUAGCGUUAUUAAAAACGCGUUUAAGAUCCCUCGAUGGAAUUGUAAAUUCUAAAGAUUUUAAAGACUCAUUCUCACUCUUUAUUCGUGUCAGCGUUAAUACGGUUCCUUUUUACGACGAGGGCGGCGAUUGUUUGAUAAAUCUUUUCUUAAGAGUAAUUGUCUUAUAUAAGCUGCAUACAAAUUGUAUUUACGUAAUGUUAAAAGAAUUGUUUAAUAUCUUAAGAGUGACUGCAUGCGACAAGUACACAAGGCAUACGACGUAACGUGUUUUAGCGCGUUUGUUAGAUAUUUAUUACAUAUAUCGAUAUGAUUUAUCGACAACACAUGCGGAAUAAGACGCGGAAACUGGAUCAAGGAUUUACUAAGAAAAUUUUGUAAAAUAAUGAUUUUGUAAGUGUGAAGGAGACGUUAUGAAAAUUGCAAGAACACAGUGGUGCUUUGACUGUUAUUGUUGGAAAGACGUCUUUUCCAGCAGUUUCAAUAAACUUAUCAAAAAAAUA